UAUAGCAACAACUUCAAAUUCAACAAUAAUUUCUUCAAAUAACUCAUUGGGAAUUCAAAUACCAUUAUUAGGAAUAUCAUCACAAUCAUCAACAUUAUCUUCUUCAUCAACUUCAUUACAACUAUUACAAAAUCAAUCAAAUUUAAUGCAAAUAACAUCGAUUGAAGGUUUUUUUAAUAGAAAACGUGGAAGACCACCAAAAAAUCGUGUCGUUGAAGUUUAUAGUAAUAAGCAACAUUCUCCCCAAGCAAUAUUUACUAGUUUUAAAUUGGAAAAAGAUGUAUGUAAUGAGCAAAAUAAUUCUAAUACGAUUUAUAAUCAAUAUCAAGAGUCAUCAUAUCAACAUCAACAUGAUAAUCAUCAUCAUUAUGAACAAGGGCAACAAAAACUCUCUAACAAGAGCGAAAAUAAAAAUGAUUACGAUGAUGAUCAUCAAGAACAGCAUAAUAGUUCAAAUAAUUUAAUAUCAUCAACCUCAUUCUCAUCACAAUUAUUAAUACCGUCAGUUUUAACAUCAGAAAUAAAAGAAUAUCAUUAUGAUAAUAAUAAUAUAAUUGAUAUGCUAAAAAAACCAACUGCUGCUGCUGCUACUGUUACAAAUUCCUCUUCAGUUGAUCGUAAUGUUGAAACAUCGACAUCAACAAUAACAACAACGUUUCAAAUAAACAAUGAUGAUCAAGUGAAAUUAUUAAGUGAAAAGUUUUUUAUAACAAAAAAAUCAAAGCAAAUAUUUACAAAAUUAAUUGAUAAUGAUAAUGAAAGAAUUUCAGUUGUUAGAGCGGCCGGCACAUAUUUUCCACAAAAUACAACAAAAAAUACUGUUAAUAAUAAUGAUAUAGCAGAUGAGUUACAUCUAGGACUAAAUGAGGUUAAGGAAUUAACAAGUAUCAAAUUUAAUAACUUAUCAAAAAGUAACUUAUCAAAUUUAAUUAAUACUAAUGACAAUAUAAAUCUUAUGUACUGUGGGAAGUCAUUUUGCAAAUUAAAAAAACGACCACAUUAUCAUUGCGAAGUUUGUAAUCAGACAUUUCGUAAUAGCAUAAAAUUUAAAAAUCACAAAACAAAGCAUUUAUUAUAUUUAAAUUCAGAAGAUACUACAGCAGUGUUAGAAACAAAAACAACAGCAACAACAGAAGCAAUAAGCGAAAAAGAUGAGGCAGAAUCAUUAUAUAAUGAAAAUAAUAAGAAUAGCACUAAUAGUAAUAGUAAAAACAAUGAAAAUAAUAAUUUAAACAUAAAUGAUGAGCCACAAGAUUUAAGUAUGGUUGCAAAAAAAAUUAAUAAUAAUAUAUUACUGUCAGGAUCAUCAUCAUCUGAUAAUAAUUAUUAUAAUAAUGAUGUACCGUUAUUAAAUGAAAAUUCAGAGAAAUUUUUUAAAAAUUUUCAGUUAUUAGAAAAAUUUCAAAAGUUAAAUCCAUUUUCAAUACCGUAUUUUAAUACAUCAUUUAUAACAAAUCCAACAAAUGAUAAAAUAUUUUUUUCAAAUUUAUUACCAACUAUUACAACAGAAGUAACAACGGUAUCAACGUCAUCAUUAUCAUCGUUAUUAUCUUCAACAUGUUCUCUAUCAUCGUUAUCAAAAGUAAAAACAACAACAACAACCACAUCAUCACUAUCAACAUCUUCAUCAACAUCAUCAUCGUCAUCAUCGUCAUCGUCAUCAAUAUUAUCGAAUCCAUAUUCAUCAACAGUAUUUAAUAAAAAUAAAGAUUACUUUGAAAAUUUUGAUAAUACUAUGAAAAAUUUUCAUUUAGCUCAAUCUUUAUUAUCGUUACAACAAGAAGAUGAUAUUAACAAAGAACAAUAUAAAUCUAAUCAAUUUUUUUAUAAAAAUUUUAUAGAAUCCUUAAAAAAUAUGUCAACGUCUUCUUCACCUUUAAUUUCUUCCAUUGAUUCUAGUCCAAAUAUUAAUAAUGUUAAUGUAGAUAAUUAUAAAAAUGAUAAUGUUAAUAACUACACUAGUAUAAGUAAUAAUAAUUUAUCAAAUUACUUAUUUAAAGCAGCAGCAAUAAUGAAUUUACAACAGCAAUUAGCUGCUACUGCUGAUUCUACAGCAUCUACAGUUUUAACAUCUACUAAUCAUUCUAAUAUGAAGUCAUCAUCAAAAUUGUUAUCAAAUAAUAAAGAUGAAGAUUUAUUAAAUUUUAAUAUUAAUAAUAUAAUAGAAAAAGAAAGCAAAAAAGAAGAAAAGGAAGAAGAUGAAGAAGAAGAAGAAAAGGUAGAAGAAUAUAAUAUUAAUAAUAUUGAUAACAGUAAUCUUAAUAAAAAACGUAAAUUAUCGCAUAACAAUAACAAUAAUAAUUUUAAUUCAAGUACAAAAAAAUUAAUACAGAAUUCUAAAUAUACUAACGAUAAUGUCCAUGACGAUGCUGAUAAUGACGAUCAUGAUAAUAAUUGUGAUGUUGAUAAUAAAAAUUUAUUUAAUACAAAUGCCACGAUAUCUAAUAUUACAACAACAGUUUCUUCUAUUCCUUCUGUAACUUCUAAUUCCAUAUUAUCUUCAUUAUCAUCUAUGCCUUCCUUAUCUUUUUCCUUUCCCUCUUCUUGCACUUCUUCUCCCACGAUAUCUGUUCCUAAUAAUAUCGAUAAUACAACAAAGAACAUUAAACAAAUAUCAUCAACUAUUCAAAAUAAAUUACAUAAUAAACCUUCUAAUAGUAAUUGUAAUAACAGUAGUAAUGACAAUAUUAUUGAAAAUAAUAUUAAUAAUAACGUUAUAUUUAAAGAUGAACCAAUACCAAAUGGUUAUCUAAAAUUUCGUUUUAAUGAAGAUUGUAAUUUUAAUAAUUGUGGCUAUAGAAAUCAUCAAUCACACUUUCAUUGUAUACGAAAUGAUUGUUAUUAUAGCUUUUGCGAUAAAACAAGAUUUGUGCAACAUACAGCACGUCACGAACGUCUUGAUAAAUUAAUGGGUGAUGAUUUUAAACAAUAUCGUUCAAAUAUGCGAUGCUUUUAUAUGAAAUGCUCAUAUAAUAAAAAUUUUGAUGAACAGAAUAAUAAGUCAUCACAUUUUCAUUGUCUUAAAUGUGAUUUUAUAUGCUCUGAUACGAAUAAAGUUGUUGCACAUCGUAGACAACAUAAUAAAGCUGAAUUUUUCCGUAUGGCUGGUUUUCGUAAAAUAUCAAAUAAUGAAAAAUGUAAUUUAAUAGAUUCUAUAAACUUAAAAGAUAAUAGUGAAAAAAUAAAUAAUAUAAAAUAUUAUGAUGAAUGUCCGUAUACAAUGAAACAAACUCAUUUUCAUUGUCUAAAAUGUGAUGUUGCAGUAUUAUCAAGAGCACAAUUAACAUCACAUAAGCAUCGAACAUUAAUACUAGAUAAAAGUAAAACAACAACAAUAAUAGAAUCAGCAACAAAAACAGCAGUAGCAACUAAAUCAAACAUCAUCGCAAACAUCAGUAAAACAUGAAACAUAACAAAUAUUUUUUUCUAAUUUCCAUACAAAUUUUAAAAUCGACUUAAUUAUAAAUUUAUAUUUUAGAAGAAUAAACGCAAAAAAUAUAAACGAAAAAAUUAAAAACAAAAUGGAAUGAAAAUUAACUUAAUUAAUAUUUAAUUCUUAAUUUAAAUAACAAAAAUUUUUUAUUUAUAUAUAUGUAUGUAUGUAUUUAUUUAUCGCACUCAUAAAACAAUACACGAUCAUUAUUAAUGCCAUUAUACAUCGUGAAGAAUUAAACUAUGAAUAAUGGCAUGUAUAAUGGUGUUUUUUAAUAAUUAAAAACAAAAUAAAACUGUAAUAAUAUAGUUGUUAAUUUGAAUUUGUAUUUAAAAUUGAAUAUUAAAAAAUCAAAAAAACAUAAUCAAAUAGUUAAAUUUUCUAUACAA